CUCAAAACGAGUUCGCGGGAACCCCCAAACUAGAGCCAGGCCUAUUUUUAACCACUGACCACCCUCGGGACUGACGGAAAGGGGCCGAUUCGAUUCCCCGCCCCUUUAGUUCUUAAGCUGCUCCUCUCAGAGCGCCCAUUGCAGCCUUCUUCUGGUCGCAGACCCGUGGCUCCAUGGCGGCAGAACUUUGCUGGAUAAAGAUCCGACUGAGAUUCGCACUGGCACUGUUCAUCCUUUCGGACUCUGGAAUGUGUGGACUUGUCAAGAACAUAUUUGGCCUCGUGAAUGAGAAUGUUACACUUUCACCAUCCCAUAAAACAGACUUUGAAGAUAUCACAUGGAAGAAAAGGAAAGAUAAGGUGGCGGAAUGGCCAUCGAAAGGUGACCAACCUUCAUACUAUGCAUCCUUUUAUGGAAGGGCUACAUUAGAUCCCAAAUCUGGGAAUUUUACUAUUCAUCAAUUAAUGGCAUCUGAUGAAGGCCAAUACGAAAUUGAAUCCUCAAGUCUUCCAGAAAGUGAGUCCAUGACUCUUUAUGUUGUAGACAAACUUCUACAGCCUGCUCUCACCUGUACUUCUGAUGAAGAAAACAUUACAGUUUCGUGUAAUGGAUCAGAAAACAGUAAUUUUCUAAAUUAUACAUGGAAAAGUCCUGUAUCGUAUGUGCAUCUUUCAGAAAAAAAGGUGCAGCUGAGCCGUAUGGCAGACCUUGAUCAUAAUAUCCAGUGCAUUAUUUCAAACCCAAGAUCGAAUAACGAGUCUGCCCUCUUCCUCAGGACCUGCGUCCUAGAGACAAAUGGUGCAAGAAAUAGAUCUGGAAUAAUUGGAGCGGUCUUUAUACCUAUCAUUUCAGUCCUUUACAUCACAGGAGUAUUUGGACAUGUUUGUAUCCCAUAUCCUUAGGAACCCCUGGAGAUGACUAUAUCCCCCAACAAACUCUUGGAGCAAUGGAAAAGAAGAUGUCUCCAACACUUAUAAAUGGAAUAAUGGAAAGAUCUUUGAAGAAUCAUUGAUUCCUGUUUGAGCAUUUUCUACAUGGUGAAAUGUAUUACUGCUGAAACACAAAAGAAACAACUGGAACUGGGACCUUUUGUUUUUUUAGCUGCACUGUGACUACUCUUAAAUGACCUACCUCACAGUGUUCAAGUGCUUUAAAAGCUGUUCUCAUCUGUGGAAUGGCUCUCAUUAUCAUCAACACCAGCCUGACCCAAGGAGAUGAAAUGAGUCACAGAUGGCACUGGAGGAACCAGGAACAAGCUAUAUCUAUCAGAACAAAUUGUUUUAAGAGGUAGCUAGGUAGCAUAAUACACCUUAGACACUUCCUAGCUAUGUGA